GUUUAGUUUCCAACGAGUUUCUUUAUCGAUCGCCAGCGGGUCUCCAAUUGUGCUCCGUGUGUCUCGUGCGCGAACGUGCGGGGGUCUUAACAGAUUGUUAUUUUUUUGUGUAUUGUGCGAGUGCGUGCGUGCCUGUAGUUGUGCGGCGCUUCUUUCGAGAGCGAUCGUGAUCAUUUUGGGUGAUUUUAUUUGGUUGGUUCUGGAUUUUGGGCAGAUUUAGGCUUUUUUGGAAUUUUGUGUUUUUUUCGAGUUCGGGAUUGGCCCGUUGGGGACCCUCUCCCGGACGACCCCGUGGUUCUGAUCGGUACGAAGAAAAAACCGUCAACGAAAAAGUGAAACCCAAAAGCGAUGUUGUAGUGGUGCCAUAAAUGGCGAAAGUGAUACCGUCGUCGACCUUUCCGCGGAAAUUUUGAGGAUCGAGAUUAACCAACAGGGGUGUUUCUGUGGAUGUAUUUGUGCGAUUUGUACGUGUGUGUGAUCGUGAUCGGGCGGGCCGUCACCAAAUCGGUUGAACGGUGUGCAAUGUGAUUGUUGGGUAGCAAAGAAGAAAGUGCGCCUUUUCGAAAAUUUCGCGACAUCAGGUCGCUUGCAACCUGUGUGCAAUAGUGCAAGUGAAACAAGUGUGUUGAAAACUAGUUUUGGUAGUUGUGCAGACGCCAUUUCUAAGCUGCAGCAGCAGCGCUAUUCAUGAAGAGUGUCCAAGUCUUUGUACUGCGACGACCCGUUUGAGCAAAGUGAUCAUCGCACGAGCCUACGAUCUUCGACCUUUUCAACGAACGACAAAACAACCAUGACGAGCAUUCUCUCGCCGGGCAAGUACCGGUCCCGGAAGGACCUCAGUACCGGUUCGAUCCCCACCCUGGUCUCCCUGGAGGAGGAAUCUAGUCUCACAACCGUAACCUCCUCCGUCAACGGCCACCACCAUCACCAUCAGGUGCCCUUCGCCAACACGCUGAACAUCAAGAAUGGCCUCAACACGGCCGCUUCCGCCAUUACGGCGGCCAAAUCCCCGCGACGCAGUUCCCUCGGAAUAGGUCUGCUGGGUGGCCGCAGUCAUGGCCAUAGCGCAGCCAACGCCAACGACAAGAGCAACAAACGGCGCAGCUCGAUUGCGGUGGCCUUCCUCGGCGGAGGUCGCCGGGACUCGCGGUCCUCCGCCCAUAACCUCCAGUAUCCGAUCGCGACCAUCCCGGAAAAGUACCACAAGACGACAGAGUCGGACGUGGAGAACGAUUCGCCGGCGCACUACUACACGGUGCCCUCGGGAAGUACCGUGGCCGCCGUGAUGGGUGCAGGUGAAGACGCGGCCGGAAUCGGAUCCGAGUACAGCUCGGGAAGUCUGCCGGCGGCCCUCAACGGCGCCGUGACCAGUCCGAACGGCUACGACAAGAAGCGCCGCCGGUCGUCCUCGUGGCAGACAAAGCUGGAGCGAAGGCGCCGCAAGGGCAUGACCUCGGCGGCCACACUUGACGACGGAGGAGGAGGUGGUGGGGUUGAUUUGGACGGGUUCGGGUCGACCGGGAGCGGGUUGGACGCGUUCGGUGCCAGCAAGUAUGGUCGCGAGAAGCGACACUCGUGGUGGAACAUUUUCGUGCCGGAGAAUCUGAAGCAGAGGACCCGCCGAGCUAGUCAAGAUGUGAUACUGUCCAAGAGCACGGACAGCCUCAGUCCACCCUUCAGAAGGAGCAAAUCGAGGAGCGUCGAUCAUGGACUGGCCGCACCCUUCGACCUGGACUCACUGCGGUCCAAGGUGGAGGGCAGAUUCGAGAGCAUCGACCGGUUGUCAAAGGAUGGUGAGAAGAAGCGCUCGAUGCCGACGAUACCGACCAUCUCGUACACGGUGGGCGACCGGGACACGCUGACCUCGGUGGCGGCCCGCUUCGACACAACGCCGUCCGAGCUGACCCAGCUGAACCGGCUGGCCAGCUCGUUCAUCUACUCGGGCCAGCAGCUGCUGGUGCCGGACAAGAAGGGCAAGGGAGGUGGCAGCGGCGAAGGGGGUGCCGACUCGGACGCCAGCACCGAGCGGUCCUCGCCCGAGGGCCGCCGCAGGGGAGCCGAUUCCCAGGAGGACCUGUGCCAGGACGAGAAGGAUCUGCUGGAAGGACUUCGUCCCGGUUCGCCAAAGCCCGGCCACAUCGAGCGCGUUGCGUCGCCAAACAACCAAAGCGGUGGAGGCGGCGGUGGUGGCGGGGACACGGCCGCAGGUUUCAACGAGGAUGAUCCGGUCACGAUCCAGCGCUUUCUCAAGAUCAACGUGCGGCACAUUACCGACGGCCAGGGCGUGGUCGGCGGAGUGCUGCUCGUCACCCCGAACGCGGUCAUGUUCGAUCCGAACGUGUCCGACCCGCUAGUCAUCGAGCACGGCCCGGAGAGUUACGGCGUGAUCGCGCCGAUGGAGUUUAUCGUGAACGCGGCCAUCUUCAACGAUAUUGCCCACAUGCGCGUCCAGGGCGCGGCCGGCGGCAACGAAACGGCGGAAAAGGCGGAAAUCUACUACCCGGUGCCGGAAAAAUCCUGCUCGCGCUGUGACACCCACUCGCCCGGCAAGGACUCCCUGCUAGUCAAGGACGAGACCUUUCCCGAGCUGGGCGUCGGCUCGGUCGAGGGUUGUGACGACCAGGAGAGCAUCUGCUCGAGCAACGAGCGCGAGGGCGAUGCGUUUCCGAAGGCCUUCGAGCGGGACCUGGUGACGCCGAACAACCUGCAGCGUCUGCACGGCGAUUCGACCGAGAGCGGUGGCAGCUCGGAGAAGCCCCCCUCGACGGAACCGCCGUACCUGGGGUACGACCGGGACUCGCAGUCGCACACGCCCAACUCGGUGGACUCGGCCAAGAGCGGGGAGCACGGCAGCGGUGAUAAGACUGACACCAAGACCACCACCAGCAGCAGCAGUAUUCUCGGCGAUCCGGCUGCCGGUCGAUCCCUGGAGGAACGACGGCGCAGCCUGCUCGAUCAGCACUGGGCGAUUCCGAGCAAGGAUCGAAUAAAGUGUAAUUGCAAUAAAACUUCAUCUCAAAGAUCGCUGGACGACGAGGAGGCGACCAGCACCGGAAGCGGUGCCACGGCCCCGUCCGCCGCCGCCCUUCCAGCGAUGGCCAUCCCAGCCGUCGAAGAGGCUGGCCAGCUGGUCAAGCAGUCCUGUCACGACUCGGGCAUCGACAUCCGGGACCCGGCGGCGGCGGCGGCCGGCGCCGUCCCAGCGCCAGUGGUUCCCGUCGUGGCCCCCAUCGCGGCCAAGAAGGUCUACAGCGACGCGGACAUUGUGCUGAGCGCGGACUGGGUGCCGCCGCUGACGAUCGCGCCGACCCACUGCACGGAGAGUUCACCGCGCAACUCGUCCACGACCUCGUCCCAGCACAGCUCGCUGUCGCACAUUCAGACGGAUGGUGGCAGUGGCCGCAAGAAGACGUCCAGCGUGAGCUUCAGCGUGGAUGAGCACGAUCCGCAGCAGCAGCACGUGUCCGUGCUGGACAAGGGAGGGGAAACCAAGAAGAAUAAGAUGCUAAAACGACUCUCCUACCCGCUGGCCUGGGUGGAAGGACUGACCGGGGAGGGAGGCACCGGUGGCACCGGUGCCAGCCACAAGUCGGACUCGAUCGAGUCGGCCCCCAACACUGGGGACUCCAAUCAAAGCGUAUUUUCCAAAGUAUUCUCGAGCUCGCCCAUCACGCUGGUCUCGGAGCUCGGUGGAAAUUUGUUUUUGUCCAAGACUCCCUCCGAGGACUCGGGCGGCUCUCCGGUGCCUCCGCUGACCCCGCACGGUGAUCAGCAUGGGGGGCACCCGCACCCGCAUCAUCAUCACCAUCAGCAGCAGCAGCAGCACCACCACGGCUCACAACAACUCGCCCACCAGUCGUCGGCCGGUGGUGGAACGAUUGGGCGCUCCUCGAUAGGCACCUUCAUCCGGCCGCAGUCGACGGGAUCGGCCGGCACCGAGGGCGGUGCCCACGACAAGCAGAAGAAGCCCCCACCAAAGCUGGACUACCGGUCGAUGGUUUCGAUCGACGACAUGCCGACCCUCUUCGUCAGCUUCGACAUGAGGGCGCCCUUGUUUCCGCAACUCGAGAAACUUGAGCUCAUCCCGCGGCCGGCCCGCGCCUGUCCGGAUCCACCGAUGUACCUGCGGUUGCGCAUGGGCCGCAAACAGGGCAAGAACACCCCGCUGCCGACCACGGUCAUGUCGUACGGCAAGAACAAGCUCCGGCCCGAGUACUGGUUCAGCAUCCCGAAGAACAAGGUGGACGAACUGUACCGGUUCCUGACCGCCUGGGUGCAGCACCUGUACGGCGAGCUGGACGAGAAGGCCAUCAAGGAGCGCGGCUACGAGCUCAUCCAGAUCGACACCGAGUGGACCUCCAAGGGAGGUGCCGGCAGCCCGACCAAGGAGGGUCGUUCUGCCAGCGAAGGCGAAAUCACCGAGUACACUCGUGAAUCCUGGGAGCUGCUGAAGGCACCGUUUGUCAAAACUUACAAUAUUAUCAAAAGCCAGACCGGAUCCAACGAUUUGGAUGGUUGUGAGGUUCUGUCUAUGAGCACGGAUGACUACCGGAAGGCAGCCCUGUUCGCGACCAGUUCCUUCGACCAGGACUUCCAGAUCCCGGACCUGAUCGGCCAGACGGAGAUCCUCAGCGAGGAGCACCGUGAAAAGCUGUGCGCCCACCUGCCGGCCCGCGCCGAGGGCUACUCGUGGUCGCUCGUCUUCAGCACGUCCCUGCACGGCUUCUCGCUGAACUCGCUGUACCGGAAGAUGCACAAGCUCGAGAGCCCCAUCCUGAUAGUCAUCGAAGAUACGGACCACAAUGUAUUUGGCGCGCUGACGUCCUGCUCGCUGCACGUGUCGGACCACUUUUACGGCACGGGCGAGUCGCUGCUGUACAAAUUCAACCCCCACUUCAAGGUGUUCCACUGGAGCGGGGAGAACCUCUACUUCAUCAAGGGCAACCCGGAGAGCCUGGCGAUCGGCGCUGGGGACGGCAAAUUCGGCCUGUGGCUGGACGGCGAUCUCAACCAGGGCCGGUCGCAGCACUGCAGCACCUACUCGAACGAGCCGCUCGCCCCGCAGGAGGACUUUGUCAUCAAAACGCUCGAGUGCUGGGCCUUUGUCUAAAUGUGUCUGUCUGUCUGUGUGAGCGUUGUAUUUUUUUUUGUUCUAGUGUGAUUGUGAGUGAAAGUGUGAGUAUUUUUAAAGAGUGAGAAAAUGGCUGCGCGCGACGGCAAAACCAAUGGCUGAGAUAGUAUUUAGAGCGUCGUAGUUUGUGCUAAGUUAAUCUAUUAUAUUAUACAGAAGAUAAAAUAUUAUUAUACAUACCGAAAUUGUGCAAGGAAGGAUUAAAACAAAUUUUAGAGAAAUGCUACUUUUAAGGAAACGCGAGGAGAAAGGGAAACAAGGAAACAGAAUGGAUAGGAAGAAGGAAGAAUUUCGAGGCAGAACGAAAAUAUAAACCAUUUACAAGAGAGAAUUUAUUAGCGCAACCUAAUCUUUAUAUGUUUUGAGAGAGGGAGAGAAGUAACGGCGGUGAAAUUAAGGCAAACUGCAAAGUGAGCACGUUGUUAAAAGGAAUAUAUAUUUAUAUAAACGAAACGUAACACAAACACACUUAAAAAACAAAGGGGAGCUGGGACCGUAACAAAAAAUGGGCUGGAAAGCGCGACAGUUUCGGAUGAGUUUCAUCCCUCGUGAACAUUUUUAACCGAACCUGGGGUCUCUCCCGACACAAAUUAAACCCAAGGAAGGAGACGACACAGUAUGGGAGGCUUCGGGCGAUCCUCAAAUGCAAAAUCCAACUCUUGUAAACACAACACGCAUGUUUAUUAACCUCUCUUAUACAUAAGUGCAAAUAAUGGAAACUAAACAAAAACAAAAAUCACCAGCAAAAUAAAGAAAAAGAAGCAAACGCUAUGUAAUCACCAACAUUAAACAAACAAAAAAUCAACAAAACAAAACACACAGCAUAUAUAGGAAAGCAUAUAAUUAACGAAUAAAUCAACUGUUGCUAUUGAAAACAAAAAAAAAAUGCUAGGAUAAAUAACAAAAAAAAGCAAAACAAGCAAAUCGUGUUAGUUCGUAACUGGUUCAAAGUUAUAGAGACUGCUUCGUCGAUUCGUUUCUCAGAGAACACAAGAGUUUAACAAUAAACAAAACAAAAUACAAACAAAGUGAAGAAGAAAACAAAACUGUUGUGUUGUGGCCAAGCGAUUCUUAUCCGUUGUCUCAUUUGCCGAAACCGAUUCAAUUUCCGACCGACCAACGACAAUAACGAAAUCACACACACUUUUUACACACACACACACACAAACACGCAACUUCACACCUUCACGCGCACCAGUGCAAUCGUCAAUUACAAGUGCAGAGCGGUUUUCCUUUUGUUGAUGUCUCUCGUCAAAUUUGCAACGUUGAUGGGGUUUUGUUAGUGGUAAGACUUCGUUUUUUUUUUUUGUUUUUAAUUUAUUGUAAACCUUUUUUUUUAGGAAACUAGAUAUUUUACACAAGCACACUCGACCCCCUCCCGUUUUUUCAUUCGUAUUUUAUUUAUGUAUGUACCUUAAAGUUAGAGGAAAACGUAAGCGAUUGAUUAGGAGGAAAUGCAAGCUUAGUUAGCGUAAAAGGAGAAGCAAAAAAAAAAAAACACUUACACACGCAUUCACUGAGCAUGUCGUUGUAAUUGAUUGAACACGUUUUACAUGUUGAAGAAGCAGAAGAGAGA